GCAGGAAAAUGGCAGCGGCCGGAGGCACCAUGGGACGUUCGGCGGCUGUAGUUGCCGCGCGGCUGCCGCUCUCGGCCUGCCUGCUGGCCGCCGCCGCCUUGUUGGCUGCCGGAAAUACAGCAUGUUUUACUAUUGGCUGGAAUGGCCUACAUGGAUUUUUCUUCUGUGUUAAGACUAAACUGCAUCAAUGAAUUCUUCAUGUGGAAGUUUGAUCCCACAUCUGGUUACUUCAGCAGACCUCAGAGGAGUUAUUUGGGCUUGUCUGCUCCUAGCUGUUGAGACCAUCAAAGAUAGGAUUGCUCCAGCACAUGUCUUAUUGAAAAGGAGGUGCAAACUCUUGUGGUUAAGAACGCUUGUCUGCUAUCCGUUCCGAAUGACUUCAUCUUCCUAUACUUUGCUGCUGGUCAAAGUAUCGGCAGUAGAAGUCACCACACCAGAGGAGAUAUUUGUGGAGAAUGAAACAGACGUAAAGCUUCCAUGCACAUUUACAUCCGUGGAGGUGAUCAGCAGUGCAGCAUCUGUUUCUUGGAGUUUUCAACCAGAAGGAGCAGCAACUCGUAUCUCAUUUUUCUAUUACUCUAAUGGAAAGCCGUACACUGGAAAGGACAUACCAUUUAAAGACAGGGUCACUUGGGCUGGAGAUCUUAACAAGAAAGACGCUUCUAUCAGUAUAUCAAACAUGCAGUUCCAGGACAAUGGCACUUACAUUUGUGAUGUCAAGAAUCCACCUGAUAUUGUUGUCAAACCAGGAGAAAUCCGGCUUAGAGUUGUGGAGAAAGACAGCCUGCCUGCGUUCCCCAUUGCCAUGGUGGCAGGGAUAGUCAUCGGUACGGUUACAGGUCUCACACUGCUCAUCUCUAUUGUCGUGUGUCUUGUUAUGAGAAAGAACAACUCUAAAAAACGUUACUCUGGCUGUGGUACAUCUGAAAGCUUGAUGUCACCAGUUAAGCAGGCUCCGCAGAAGUCGCCCUCCGACACAGAGGGUCUGGUAAACAGCGUACCCGCCAGAUCACACCAGGGCCCAGUCAUUUACGCGCAGCUAGAUCACUCCGGAGGACAGCACAGCAACAAGAUUAACAAGUCAGAGUCUGUGGUCUAUGCUGACAUUCGGAAGAACUGAGAUGUGAUCCUAACCUGUCUAUAGCAAAACACUCUUUCAGACUGGAAUUGCUUAAACAAAAUUUGACCCAGAGAACUCACAUGUGGCCUUUGAUGCCUAGGCUAGGACCAAUGCAUGUGCAUACAGAGGGAAAGAUAUAUAUGUAUUGUGUGUAAAUAGUCUAUUUAAUCGUAGAGAAGUGAGACCAAUGUUGCAUGUUGAAAUGCGCUAAGAAUUCUGCUUAUAAAUUGCCAAUAUUCUUUUUGUAUCUUGUAUGAUGAGAGAGAAAGUGCAAACUCACAUCGCAAUUUAAUAAUAUUUUUUAUUGUAUCAAUGGAGAAACUGGAAGAUGCCUGAGGAUUCUAGAUUGACUUGGAGAUUUUUUUUUUGUUUAUAGGGCCUAAUUUCUUUUGUUGUUGUUGAGGUGAAUACAAAAAAGGUAACUUUCACAGGGUAUUCAUGUUUUCUCGGUCAGGUUGUCAGUACAAAAGCUGCCUUCUCCUAUGAGGUAGACAUUCUCAUUUGGUCUUGUAAGCAGAAUUGUGACUCCUAGCUAUCAGAAAUAGAUGUCUUACCUCUGCAAGUGAAGAAAAUGUUCAGAUCUGCCUGACUUGUCUAACACACUUCACCGAAUUGUUUACUUCUAUAUUAAGCCUGUAUAUGCAAGCUUAGUCCUUUAAGGUACAGGGAUAGUAUUGACCUAAUGAAUUCUGUGAAAUUUUAGUUUAUCUGUGAAAAUUGAAGAGCUAGUGAGUUAAAGAGAUAGGAAGCUGUAGCUCUAGGUGGCUGAAAAGUUCACUGAAAGUCUGAGGCAAUGAAGUGUUUCUUUCUCAAAAAUGACACUUCAUAUAAGCACAAAAAAAGGCUCCAAGGGAUUUGGAAGUUCUGAUAUUCCCUUGCCUCUCCCUCAUGGCUCCACUAUACCUCUGCCAUUUCUGAAGAGAUGCUUUCUCUGUUCUCAAAAGCCUUUAAUGAAGGCUGAAUAACCUCUGGAAGAAAUCUAGAGCUUCACUUUUUUUUUU